AGUACACGGUGCAACACAGCCCAAACGGGAUCACUGCUGAUAUAUAACAACAGAUCAGGUCAACACAAUUUUAUUCACGAGGUACACUGACCUGACACUACAGCGACCUGCUCAUUUAGGAUAGUGACACAGUUUUAGUAGAUUCCAAAAGGUUCCCUGUAAAUUAAUACAGCUGUUUUUCAAACCGGGUAGCAUAACGAACGGAGAUAGUUUGAACGUGUAGCCAUGCAGGAACUGUGCGUGUCUUUGAUUUUGCUGUUGUUUAUCUCUGCCGUGACAGCGAAGGGGUAUGGACACGGUGGAUAUCGCCAAAAACACUAUGGCCAAAGCAACAUCUAUGGACAUAAAGUCAUUAGAACACUCCCAACACACCAGCAGUAUCAGUUUGGUGGACAAAUGCACUUCCGAAGUCCAAUCCAGAGUCAGUUCGGAACCGGAUUUAUCUCCCGCCAAAACCCCGUGAUAUCAACGAGCACGACCCCAUUUCAGAGUAGUGGUGUGGUUACCAAUCGACUAGAUGCACCUUUUGUAAUAGGCGGCGUUCCUAAUGUGAUAAGAACGCAAGGGUCAGUCUUCCAACAACCUACACACCGUAUCGUGGGUGUCACAAAUACCGUCGCGUCUCCGGGAAUGACAUUUAUUUCGUCCGGAGCUCAGGGCGUCCCGAUUCAAUCUUCUGGUAGCAUUCCCAUUGGAACCCAGAUUGGUUCAUUUCAAGGUCCAGGUGGAAUUCCAGUGUCGCCUCCUGCAAGCUUUCCUAUAGGAUCACAGACUACAACCAUACAAGCUACAAACGGAUUUCUCAACGCUGGAACACCAGGAUUCCCCGCUGGACUCGCGAAUGGAAAUUCAUUCAUUCAAAACAGUCCUAUUGGCGGAGUGGUUCCGGUUGGUGCUCAACCAACCUUAGGUCGCGUACAAACCGGCAACAUCCAAAAUGAUUUAGGAUUCCAGAACGCCGGCUUUAAUUUGCCUGUGACCUCAAAUGCUGGGUUCGACUCGGUACCACAAGCAUACGAGCAAAAGCAGGGUGGCCUUCAGACCGGCGUACCCACCCUAGGCAACCCUUUUAAUGAAAGGGAAGAAGUUGGAAUUCCGAAAUUUGGAGGCUGGGCUCCCCCUGGAGCCACCGACGUGGUAGUUAGAGAGGACAAUACCAUCCCCAUAUACAAGGAACAGAGGUCGAUAGCCGAUAUACUGAGACGCUUCCACAUGAAGUGAACCAGCAUGAAGGAUAUACAAGGAUAUAGCAGCUACUUACCAUUUCGGACGGAAAGAUCAGCUAGCACUUUGGGAAGGGAUACCUGCUUAGUACGCUAUCGGAUAGAUGCCUAUCUAUUUAUACUUUAGGAUGGAUCGAUACUUUAAUUGCAAUAUGUAAUGGACCGAUAAUGUAAUUACAUUAUAGGACGACCGAUAAUUUAAUUACACUAUAGGAUGACAGAUAAUCUAAUUAUCUAUGUGACUGCCUAUAAUCUAAUUACUCUAUGGGCUUGCAGCGAUAACCUAAUUAUACUAUGGAAUGGAAGGAUACUCUAAUUACACUAUGGGUUACCGAUAUUCUUAUUACACUAUGGGUUACCGAUAUUCUUAUUACACUAUGGGUUACCGAUAUUCUUAUUACACUAUGGGUUACCGAUAUUCUUAUUACACUAUGGGUUACCGAUAUUCUUAUUACACUAUGGGUUACCGAUAUUCUUAUUACACUAUGGGUUACCGAUAUUCUUAUUACACUAUGGGUUACCGAUAUUCUUAUUACACUAUGGGUUACCGAUAUUCUUAUUACACUAUGGGUUACCGAUAUUCUUAUUACACUAUGGGUUACCGAUAUUCUAAUUACACUAUGGGUUACCGAUAUUCUAAUUACACUAUGGGUUACCGAUAUUCUAAUUACACUAUGGGAUGGCCGAUAAUCUAAUUACACUAUGGGAUGGCCGAUAUUCUAAUUACACUAUGGGAUGGCCGAUAUUCUAAUUACACUAUGUGACUGCCUAUAAUCUAAUUACUCUAUGGGAUUGCAGCGAUCACCUAAUUAUACUACGGAAUGGAAGGAUACUCUAAUUACAUUAUGGGAUGGCCAUAAUCUAAUUACACUAUGGGUUACCGAUAUUCUAAUUACACUAUGGGAUGGCCGAUAAUCUAAUUAUACUGUGGGUUACCGAUAUUCUAAUUACACUAUGGGUUACCGAUAUUCUAAUUACACUAUGGGAUGGCCGAUAAUCUAAUUACACUAUGGGUUACCGAUAUUCUAAUUACACUAUGGGUUACCGAUAUUCUAAUUACACUAUGGGAUGGCCGAUAAUCUAAUUACACUAUGGGUUACCGAUAUUCUAAUUACACUAUGGGUUACCGAUAUUCUAAUUACACUAUGGGAUGGCCGAUAAUCUAAUUACACUAUGGGUUACCGAUAUUCUAAUUACACUAUGGGUUACCGAUAUUCUAAUUACACUAUGGGAUGGCCGAUAAUCUAAUUACACUAUGGGUUACCGAUAUUCUAAUUACACUAUGGGUUACCGAUAUUCUAAUUACACUAUGGGAUGGCCGAUAAUCUAAUUACACUAUGGGUUACCGAUAUUCUAAUUACACUAUGGGUUACCGAUAUUCUAAUUACACUAUGGGAUGGCCGAUAAUCUAAUUACACUAUGGGAUACCGAUAUUCUAAUUACACUAUGGGUUACCGAUAUUCUAAUUACACUAUGGGAUGGCCGAUAAUCUAAUUACACUAUGGGAUGGCCGAUAUUCUAAUUACACUAUGGGAUGGCCGAUAUUCUAAUUACACUAUAGGAUGGCCGAUAUUCUAAUUACACUAUGGGAUUGAAGGAUAAUCUAAUUACACUAUGGAAUUGAAGGAUAAUCUAAUUACAUCAUGGGACGGAAGGAUAAUCAUUAUGGGAUCAAAUGAUAAUCUAAUUCUACUAUAAGAAGACGAAUAAACUUAUUCCACUAUUGGAUGGAAGGACGAUCUAAUCAUUACUCUAUUGGAUGGGAUAUCUUUUCACCAUGGGUAUUAUGGUCAGCUUAAUUACAUUACUAAAUGGAAUGAUCAAUUAGCUACAAUUCGGGACAAGAAAAUAAGCUAAUAACACGUAUGAAUAAAAGGAUGUGCUAAUUGUGUUAUGGGGAGGUGGAUCAGCUAAUAACAUUUUUUAAUUUUGGAAGGAUAUGUUAAUUACACUUAGGGAUGGAAGAAUAAACUAAUCACACUUUUGGCAUGGACGGAUUAAAUAAAUUUUUCCCAGCUGUCGGGGAAAGACAGUACAAUCUCAACCCAAAAUCAUUCUUAAUCGUAUUCCGAAGGUUGAGAUUUUUCUCUCUUACUCCUUAAGCGGGGAAAGACUUAUUUUCCCUAAUAACAAAUACUAGUGGUAAUUUAAUGAAAUGCAAACGUUUAUUAUAUUACCAGCAGAUCGGAAUUAUCAUCCGUGAUCUGCUUUUGUUGACGUGACGCCAUGGCACUGUUGACGUGACGUCAUGCAAUUGCUAUGACAGGGGAACACCCCCCCCC